AGUCACAGAGUCACAAAGCAAACGCUUUGGGUAAAGCUGAGAGAGAUAAUAGAGAUAGAGCACUUGGAGCUUUUACCCCGGUUGUUUCUCUGACCGACGGGCCGACCAAAACUUUACAGAAAAUCUGAGAUGCUGAAGAUUGAAGGAAGCAAAGAAAGUUGAAACGUGAAGCUGAGGAUCUAGUCUUUGGUGUUGUUUUGUUUGUUGUCAGGUCAAUAACAACGAUUGGCUUCAUGGAUCCCCAACAACACAAGGUUUGAAAAUUCCUAUUCGAAUUCUCAGUUUCCAUGGAUGCGUUGAUCCCUUUUGUUUGAGUAUCAAUAACGUUAGGGUUCAAUCAAUCUUCAAUCACUAGGGUUAGAGGUUUUUCAAGCUCUCUGAUACUGUUAAUUUUUAUAGUCUCUGUGUCUGGUAUAAUAGAACUGGAUUGGAUUGUGAGAGGUUGGUUGUGUGUGUGAAUUUCAAAAUGCAACCUAGGAGGCACGAGAGUUUCAAUAGACAGCAGCCUCCGGCUUCUAAAUUACGUCCCACCUACCGAUUCGAAUCCGGUGCCAACAACCACCCUUAUAGUAGUGGUAGUAGGAGGAGACCUGAGGAGGUACAUCGGAAUAUUAGGAGGAGUUUGAGCCCGCAACAAGAUCAUCUGGGUGUCAGUCAAAGGAAUGUUGCUUCUAUUCAGAGGGAGUAUGGCUGGCAUUUGGGCCGCGGUGGUGGCGGUAGGACUGAUGGCGUCCGCCGCCGCAGGUCAACAUCCGGGUCACCCCUACUGCCUUUUGGUGAAAUGCGAAAAAUGUCACAAUUUGAGGAGGAGGAGGAGGAUGGGGAUUUGCGGAGGAGUUAUUCACCACCACCACAACCACCGGUACCUGUUCCGGCAUCUGUUCCUUUGGAGUUAAAACACAGACGUGAUAGCGUUGAGGCUGGAAAUUAUAGUGUCAAUGAUGAUUUGAAUGGUAGGAGAGUUUAUGGCUCCGAGCAUAAUGAUUUUGGAAUCAGUAAAGAAGAUUUGAAUGAAAGCAGAUUGACAGCUGGUGGUAAACAUGGGACAUUGGGUCAAAAACCAAUCCAUAUGGAAGAUAGUGCUGUAAGAGGAUCCAAAACCAUGUUUAUCAAAGGUGACACCGUGCAUGGAGCAUAUCAUUCUUCUCCAAGCCUUGGUACUGUUAUAACUCAAGGAGCAAGGGGUGGCCACCUACCAUCAUCAACGCGCAGCAUGAGCAUACGUCAUUCUGACCAAGAAAGGCUUCAGUAUGCGGACCCUAUAUCUUUGGAUAGAUUACCAGUGACAGAAGCCUACAAAGAAGGAAAUAAACCCGUUUUUCCUACAAGAGAUGGCUUUUAUUCCAUGAUGUCUGGAUCUCAUUCCAAGAAUUAUUUUGCUAGCUCCUCAACAGGGUUGAGGAAUGAAUUCCAAGAUUCCUAUCAGCAUGAGCAGCAUAUGCCUUCUUUGGAAGAAUUUUCAAGAAGUAGUAGAAAACUUAAAGAUUCUGUGAGCAUUAAUGCAUAUAGGGAAAGGCCGGUAGUAGAGUUUUCUCGAGACCCUGAUUCUGGGCAGAAGAAUCUGACAUUUUACCAGAGAGAUAGUCCUACUAGAGUUGAGUAUGAUGAUGAUUAUUAUUUCUACCCAAACUCAAGAGGAAUGAUAUUUGACGAUCGUGAGCUUCCAUCUGAUCACUUACACAAAGUGAUGCAUCCACGAGCACCACUUGACUAUGACCAUUCUCGGAUGGGUUAUGAUCAUAGAACUGUGUCAAGAUCUAGUACCAUGCUCCCUGUUGUGGAAAGAAUUGAUAAUACUGAGGAUUAUUCUGGAAAUUCAAGGAAGCGCAUUAUGCUGAAUAAUUCUACUUUAGAAAGGCAUACACUAUCAGACUACCCUGAUAUAAGCAGAAUAUCAAAUGCAUCAAAGCAGAGUGGAGAAUAUAUGGGUUCUGGACGCAUGCAUGACAAGUUUGGAAGGAGAAUUUCACAAGAUUAUGAAACAUCGCAUUUGGGUGCAGCACAAGUUUGUCAAAUCUCACAUCUGAAAGAAGAUUAUGGUUAUGAAAGAGAUGGAAACCUGAAGUUUCAGGACAGACAGUGUCCUGUGUCUAAAUAUGACCCAGAAAUGCAUAGAAAUACUAUUAAAAUGCAGAGUAUGAGAGACAAGCUUGGGGUUUAUGAACCAUCAGAUAGGGUGGUGAAAAGAAAAUAUGUUAAUGAAGAGCAUGGAAGUAUCCAAAAUCCUAGAGAAAUUAUGUCAGGUAAAUGGAAUACCUCUAGAGAGUUUCAAGAUUUGUAUGAUAGUGGUGAAGAGUGGAAUGGUGAAGAUGUAGGAUCUAUGUAUACAUCUAGAUCAGCAAGAUUGGGCCAUAAUGAACACUAUAAGGCCCAGAGGAAAUAUGCUGGAAUAGACCAGUAUGAUGAAUUUGCAUCUGAUGAUCGGCUGCCGUCUCAAGACUCUUUGGCAGAUGCACAAAGGCACUCAGUUAGAUAUUAUAAACAUGGAGAUCGGUAUGCCAAGGGUCACCAAAACUAUGGUUCAUUAAGUAGGCAUAGGUCACAGCAAGUUGACAUAAAAAGUGGCUUUCACAAACAGCACAAAGUUUGGAAGAGAAAUGAUAAUUAUCUAGAGGAUGUCCACAGAGGUGAUGAUAAUGAUGCUGAUACAUCAGAAAAUGGGUUGAGUUCUGCAGCUCCUGAGCCAUCAGAGGAUUCUGAGGAGUUUAUGCAAUUGGUACAAGAAGCCUUCCUAACAUACUCUAAACAAUUAAAUAUGAACCCUGGUGUUCGGAGAAGAUACAUGGAACAAGGAAAGGCUGGGACUUUAUUCUGCAUCGUAUGUGGCCGAAGCUUCUCGAAGGAGUUCAUGGACACCCAACGAUUGGUAACACAUGCAUUUAUGUCUAAAAAAGCUGGAUUGAGGACACAACACUUGGGACUUCUCAAAGCAGUUUGUGCUCUGUUGGGGUGGAGUACUGUUAUCCCCACUGACAUAGUACUAUGGGUUCCCCAGGUCUUGCCCAAGGCAGAAGCUUUGGCUCAGAAGGAAGAUUUGAUUCUUUGGCCUCCAGUCAUUAUUAUCCACAAUAUUUCUAUGUCAGACAACAAUCCUGAAAAUUGGAAGGUUGUAAGCAUUGAAGCUCUUGAGGCUUUUCUAAGAGGUAAAGGUUUAAUAAGGGGAAGAAUCAAGAUGUGCCUGGGGAAGCCUGCUGAUCAAAGUGUUGUGUUGGUGAAGUUCUUGGGAACUUUCACUGGGCUUGGGAAUGCAGAGAGGAUUCAUAAGUAUUUUGCAGAGCAGAACCGUGGCAGAGCAGACUUUGAGCGAGCAACGUCCAAUAACGGAAAAAUUGUGGAAGCAGGAAUGCAGGUUGACAGUGUGGAGGAGCGAUUUUUACAUGGAUAUAUGGGGAUUGCGGAGGACUUAGAUAAAGUAGAUUUUAAUACCAGGAACUGGAGUUUGAUAAAGAGCAAGAAGGAGAUUCAGGACCUGGCCAAUGCUCCUGUUAAACCUUGAUGAGAGAGGCAGCUUUAUAUCUGGGUACAAAUACUAAUUUAAGGAUUGGACAAUGCUAUACAGCCGAACAAUUUUACCGAGCUGACAUGUAAUGGGGAUUUCUUUUGAAAUAUGUGAUACUGUGGUGUGAUUGUAUAAUGUCUUAGGUUGGAAAAGAGAUGGAGAAAACAGUUUAAAUACAUUUGCUAUCUUCGAUCAUGUCAAAAGGAGAACAUCAUUUCCUAUCUUGUAAAAAUUGAAGUCACAUCCAGUUUUUCAUUAUCAGUGCAAUAAACUGUAUUGUGAACUUGUUGCUA